UGAAGCGUGUCACGUGCGGGUGAGGGGUUAAUCCCCUGAGGACGGUGGCUUCGAAGCACCAAAAAGCCUGCGCUGAAUCUGGGAAGUGGUUGUGGAGAAGGGAUUUUUUCAUCUGCCCCUGGUUGGAGUGUCCCCAAUGCCACUGCCAGUGGCGCUUCAGUCCCGCCUGGCCAGGCGAGGCCUGCUGAAACAUGUAGAGCCUGAGCCAGAGGAGGAAAUCAUUGCAGAAGAUUAUGAUGACGACCAUGUUGACUAUGAAGCCACUAGGAUUGAGAACCUGGCCCCAAACUGGUACAAAGUCAUCGACCCUGUCUGCGGCCUCCCUUACUAUUGGAACAUGGAGACUGAUCUGGUUUCGUGGCUCUCGCCCAACGAUCCCAGCUCUGUGGUGACCAAAGCAGCCAAGAAGCUGAAGAACAAUUUAGACACUGAGGAAAAAACGGAGCGCUUGCAUGAGAAGGUGGAGCGGGAUGAGGUGAAGGAGCGUCGCUACCACCGACGGGAGGAGCUGGCCCCCUACCCCAAGAGCAAGAAAUCAAACCGGAAGGAUGAAGAACUAGAUCCCAUGGACCCCAGCGCUUACUCGGAUGCUCCCCGGGGGACCUGGUCCACCGGGCUGCCCAAGCGGAACGAGGCCAAGACUGGUGCGGAUACCACAGCAGCCGGCCCGCUCUUCCAGCAGCGCCCCUACCCGAGCCCUGGCGCUGUCCUGCGGGCUAACGCUGAAGCUUCCCGGGCUAAGCAGCAGGACUGAGACCCGCAUUCCUCCCUUCCCUAAUGUAUUUGUUAAUAAAGCUGGAGAAAACA